GCCUACGAUUCAUUUUGAGACCGAACCGCGCAUGUCGUGCGCUUCGCAUACUUUGGCGCGAAUUUUUUUUAACCAAGCAAAAACUAAUAAAAAGUGUUAUGUAUUAAUCCAAGUGAGUUAAAAUGGAUCCGAAACCGUGCCUUGUAGUUUAUAAAGAAUGAAACAUAAAAAUUAAAACAGUGAAAGGAAAAAAAUUAAAACUAUUGUGAUGGAGUGGACAAAAUUUUAUGUAACUGUUUUUUACUUUAAAAAAUGGCAUGUUCAUAGAAAAUGGAAAAAAUUAAGUAGUUCAGUGUAUGCGGGUCUGAUAGUGCUGUUUAUGCCAUUUGUGUUGAGUGAUGAUUGGUCAAGUUAUUUAACCUACGAGGAAAUAUAUAACAAUACAAACUAUGCCCAAAUACGUGAAACGGGUGCGCCAUACAACAAACUACCUAAAUAUAACUUUAAUAGUAACUAUAAAAGUAGUCAAACUCACCAUAAUGUAGAGGAAGCCAAAGAUAGUGAUGUAGGAGAAUAUAAUUUUAGAGAACAAAAUGGACCCCUAGCUAAGGAACAACUACUGGUGGGGUUUUCACAUAGUCCUUAUAGAUAUUCAGUACCAGAGGCUGAUUAUCUAAAAGGCGUAAGGGAUAUAGAUCCUAACAGAUAUACAAAUAAGAAUGAGAAUCGUGGGAAACGAGGUGUGCUCCACCUGUACAACAUGAUUCUCUGCGCGACGGGCUGUGAGCCCUUAGCUUACAAAGGAUACGGGUGUUACUGCGGCUUCUUGGGCUCCGGCCGGCCAACAGAUGGGAUAGACAAUUGCUGUCGACUACACGACGAAUGCUACGAGAACAUCUAUUGCCCGUUUUUCACUGUGUAUUUCCAGCCGUAUUAUUGGAAGUGCUAUCGCAACCGGCCGCUUUGCGCUCUAGAGAACUACCAGACCAGAAAUCAGUUCAUUAACGGGUGCGCGGCGAGACUCUGCGAAUGUGAUAGGAAAUUCGCAAUGUGCGUUAAAAAAUACUCUUGUCCCAGAGGUCGAGCUCUCUGCCACUCUUCACCGUUAAGACUAUUGCAAAAUAUAUUAAUGUUUCGCUAAAAAUACAGUUCUUAUAUAUUAAUUAUUUAACUGUAAAUUUUAUACUAGUAAAGGUGAUAUUAUGUUGGUUUGGUCAUGUAGAAAGAAUGAAUGAGGAAAGAGUGACAAACAUCGAUAUAUAUGUACUACGUACUACAUUGCAACAUACACUAUGUUCAACUGAACUGUACUGCAAUCCGUACAGUGUGUCAUUUAGUAUGGUUUCAAUCUUCUAGUUAGUCUGUGGUUUCAAUAUACAUUCAGUGUGGAGCGGCGCUAAUAAUACAAGAUUUCAAAUUAAACUUUAAAUUAAAAACUGACCGCCCAGGCGCAACGCGCUUAAAUCAACUGCGCAUGCGCGAGUCUACUAUCUCCCUCGCAUGCGCGAUGACAUAGAGUAGUGCACAUUUUUUUAUUUAGAAUGACUUCUCUAUUACGUAGUACAUAAUAUAACUCAAUGGUGACAAAGCAAAUUUAUGUUGCAGAGGUGAACGGCAGAGUCGGGAAGGGACGCUCUAGGCGAAAGUUUAUCGACCAAAUUGGCGAUAUAUUGAAAAUGGGCCAAAUUAAGAGUACUUUUAACGAACGAGCAUGUAUGCGUAGGUAUAUGGAUGUGGAGGAAGCGAGAGAGGUGUGUCAGGAUCGUGCCAAAUGGAAGUCCAUAGUCUCUGCCUACUCCUCUGUGUGACAGGCGUGAGCGAUGUUAUGUUAUGUGAUAUUAUGUUUUUACUAUAUUUUCUAAAUUUAAAGCCUUUUAUGUUUUCCUUAAAUUAUCUUCACCUAAUUAGCUUCGUUAUACUUGUGAAGUUUUGAAUUUAUCUACUUUAUACCUUUUAUUAUAAAACUUAUAUAGAUAUAUAUUAAUUUAUCAAUUUAUUAAAAUACAAGUGGUAUAUUUAAAAACUUUGUACAACCGACUUCAAUAUAAACUGUUAAGAAAAACUCAAAAACUACUGGUCAAACCUUGAUCAGAUUUAUAUGGGACCACAUGAAAAGCACCAGCUUUAGCACCUAGAAAAAAGUUAUGCGGUAACACACAAAAGAACAAUUUAAAAAAAAACAGUCGAAAUGCGUACCUCCUCCUUUUUGAAGUCGGUUAAAAUAUUGAAAAUCGUGAUUCUGUCUCGGAUACAUUUACUCAUGUUACAUUUUUGUCUGUGACUAUGGCGUGGUAUGAGCCUCAGGUGUCGGCGCCGCCACAAAUCUAGUGCGAAAUAGAAUACUCAUUACCAUUUAUAUUCAACUACAAUGUGAUUUCUUUUUACUACUGCCAUAUUUCAAUUCAACUAUAAAGUUUUUUUAACUAUUACAUUUUUUUUUUAAUUUUUUUUUUGUAAUUCUCAGACAGAAAUGUACAAAAGUGGCCAGUGUUGUUUGCGUUUAUGUUUUUAAUUGCAUUUCAGCAUUUUAGUACAUUUUUUGUUAAAAACAUUUCAGUUAGGAAUUUUGGAAGAAGAUAACAUAAGGGAAUAAAUAUUGAUUGCGGACGAAAAAAUGGCCGCUUAUUAUAUACAAAUAUUUUUUAUAGUUUAGAAUCACUAUUUGAGUCGUUUAUAUGGUGUUUAAUAUUGACAAUUAAAAUUUGUCACAUCUUUGUUUUUGUUUUUUGGAUUUAAAGGAAUUUAUAAACAUCUAAGAAUAACAUUGUUGUAUAUAAAUAAAAUAGCUUAUAUUAAGUAGUAAUGUAUAAAGCCAUGUAACUAAAAUUUUAACAUAAUUACCGAUAAAAAUACCUAAUAAAUAUAUUAAUAUCU